AUGUCUCCUCCUCCUCCUCUCCCUCCACCGUCCAAUUCCAACCUCUUCGCCCCCCUCCAAAUCGGCAACAUGCACCUCAAGCACCGCAUAAUAAUGGCCCCUCUGACCCGUUUCCGCGUCACCAAAGACCACAUCCCCUUAGCAGACAUGGUAUCCUCACACUACGCGCAACGCUGCUCAGAACCCGGAGGUCUCAUCAUCGCCGAAGCGAACAUCAUCUCCCCCGAACACGGCGGAGUAGCACACAUGCCCGGAAUCUACAAUUCCGCACAAAUAGCCGCCUGGAAAAAAAUCGUCGACGCCGUACAUGCCAAAGGAUGUUUUAUUUUCGCUCAACUCAUCAGUAUCGGUCGAGUGGCGAAUGCCAAUCUCUUACAACAAGAAGGGAAUGGGAAUUGGCCUGUAAUUAGUUCCAGCCCAAGCCCUUAUCCUCCUCAAACAGAAACAGAAAAAGAAGGACCCGUUCCACACGCCCUCACCCCCUCUGAAAUCCACUCUACAAUCGACCUCUUCACCCGCGCAGCCCGCAACGCAAUUUUCCUCGCCGGCUUCGACGGAAUCGAAUGCCACGGCGCCAACGGCUACCUCAUCGACCAAUUCACCCAAUCCAUCUGCAACAACCAACGCCAUGACGAAUACGGCGGCAACAGCAUUCCCAACCGCGCCCGUUUCGCUCUCGAACUCACAUCCUCUCUCAUUUCCGCCGUAGGAAAUUCCCGAGUCGGAUUUCGCAUAUCUCCAUUUAGUACAUUCCAAGGCAUGAAAAUCGCUGAUCCCAAGGAAUUGAUGGAACAAUUUGGAUAUUUGGUACGGGGGUUGAAGGAGCAGAAAUUGGCGUAUUUGCAUAUUGUGGAGUCGCGAGUGGUGAAUAAUGUGGAUUGUGAAAAACAGGAAAGUAUUUUGCCGUUUUUGGAAAUUUGGGGCAAGACGAGUCCGGUGUUGGUCGCGGGCGGGUUUACGCCCGAGUCGGCGCGGGAGGCCGUGGAUGUGGAGUAUGAUGAGGAGAAGUUUGAUGUGGCGGUGGUGUUUGGUCGGCAUUAUAUUGCUAAUCCGGAUCUUCCCUUUCGUAUCCGGCAUGGUCUGAAGCUGAAUCCAUACGACCGAAGCACAUUCUACACGCCAGAACGAGUCGAGGGUUACCUAGAUUGCCCCUUCAGCGACGAGUACCUCCAGCAGCGAGAUCAAGUAGAGAAGCAGUGUUGUUAGCACACAACAGAAGGGUGAGCAUAUGAUAUGAAACUAGAGAAAAGGACAAGACCUUUUAAAAUCAACAUUGGACUUGCAAUCCAAUCAUC